ACAAACACAAUUAAAAGUUUAUAUCAAAAAAAAGAAAUAAGAGGAUAAAAUGGCAAGCAAGAAGGUGGUUAUGAUGGUGAUGAUGAUGGUAGUGGUGAUGGCUACUUUAGCGGAGAGGUCAGUAGCGAUUGAUCUCUGUGGGAUGACCCGGGAAGAGUUGGAUGAAUGCAAACCAGCGGUGAGCAAGGAGAAUCCGACAGAACCAUCAACGCUUUGCUGUGACGCUCUGAAACACGCUGACUACAGCUGUCUUUGUGGCUACAAAAACUCUCCCUGGCUCGGUUCUUUCGGUAUUGAUCCCGCGCUCGCUGCUGAGCUCCCUAGCAAAUGUAAUAUAGACAACGCUCCAACUUGCUAAGCUUUUCAUGUGCUUUUUUUCUCUAUAAUCAAGUGUUAA